UACAAAACAAAUUUUGCCAGCUGUCUAAUGUCACGUAGUGUGCACCGCAUGCCUUUCGGAGAGAGGAGAGAUCUUUGACGAAUUGACAAGAUACAACAGAAUGGAUAAAAUAGUCAAGUCGAUUCAUGCAAGCCGGCCGGCGUUGUAUAAAACAUUAGCGAAUGAGCAAGUCACACAGGCACCAAAUAAACUUUAUGUGAAACGAUGUGCAAUCAGUAGAAUGCCAUCAGCACAAGAAUACUCAACGGCUCUUCCUGUCGUCAGACAUUUGUACGGUAGUGAAAUCACAGCUUGUAUGCUUUCUUCUCGGCACGGAUCUUUGAUAUCUGGCCAACAGAAGCGUAAUAUGUUCAUUCAAACACAAGAUACACCAAAUCCAAAUAGUCUAAAAUUCAUCCCAGGAGUAUCGGUACUGGGGGAAGGAUGCACGAAAGAUUUCCCAAAUGCUAAGGACGCGUACUGUUCACCACUUGCAAAAAUGUUAUUUCGUACUGAAGGAGUGAAGGCGAUAUUUUUUGGACCUGACUUCAUUACGGUCACGAAAGUUGACGAGGACGUGGAUUGGAAAUUAUUGAAGCCGGAGAUAUUUGCAACUAUCAUGGAUUUUUUCGCGAGCGGAUUGCCGGUCAUGGAUGAGGCUUCUCAACCUGCAACUGAUACACAAAUUAAUGCGGACGAUGACGAGGUUGUUCAGAUGAUAAAGGAAUUGUUGGAUACGCGAAUACGCCCCACAGUACAAGAGGAUGGUGGUGACAUCGUAUUCAUGGGCUUCGAAGAAGGUAUUGUAAAACUGAAAAUGCAAGGUUCCUGCACAAAUUGUCCCAGUUCAGUAGUAACAUUGAGGAAUGGUGUGCAAAAUAUGAUGCAAUUUUAUAUACCUGAAGUACUUGGCGUUAUCCAAGUAGAAGACGAGACGGAUAAAAUAGCUGGGAAGGAAUUUCAGAAAUUUGAGCAGAAGAUUAAUAAAGUAGAGACAAAUAAGGACAAACAGUGAUCAUAAUUAUUGACGAUUCGUAGAUAAUAG